AUGGAAAUUGGGGACUGCGUGCUGCUUCUGGGCGGCCACAUGGGCCCCAUCACCAACGUGGCGGCGGCUGCAGACGGCAGCCUGCUUAUCACCACGUCCAGCGACGGCAGCGCCCGAGUGUGGGAGCUCGAGAAGGGCGAGUGCCUCGCCGUGCUUCUCGGCCACACCGCUGCGGUGAAUGCGGCAGCAAUAGAUGCAGAGGGCCGGCUGGCGGUGACGGCGAGCGCGGAUGGCACGGGCCGCGUGUGGGAUCUGGCAAGCGGCCGCUGCAUGCACGUGCUGGCGGGCCACGAGCGCGCCAGCGCAGGCGUGUGGGCCAUCGCGCUGACGCCCGACGCGCGCCGCGCCGUGACGGCCGGCGAGGAUUUCACCGCCCGCGUCUGGGACACGCUCACCGGGCGCUGCCUUGCCGUACUGCAGGGUCACUCCGGCUGGGUUGUCGAUGUUGCCAUCACUGCAGACGGCGCCCACGCCAUCACUGCCUCCCAUGACGGCACCGCCCGGGUUUGGGACUUGGCGCGCGGCACAUGCGAGCGGGUGAUGGCAGGCCACGCGGGGCGGCUGAACGCGGUGAAGCUGGGCGCGGGGGGCACCAUGGCCCUGACUGUGUCCGAUGACUACACCGCCCGCGUCUGGGACCUGCCCUCUGGCCGCUGCGUGCACGUCCUGAAGGGCCACGGGGGCUGGUUAACGGACGGAGCGAUCUCCUUGAGCGGCGGGCAGGCAGUGACCAGCUCUGGCGACGAGCUUGCUGUUGUCUGGGACCUGCACCAGGGCAGCUGCCUGAACGUUCUGGAGGGGCACUCCGGAGAAGUCCGCUCUGUUGUCCUGACUCGUCGCGGCAGGUUCGCAGUGACCGGGUCAGCGGACGGCACAGCGCGCGUGUGGGACUUGCAUGCUACUGCAGGCCAUAUGCAGCGCGCCCACAAUGGCCGCGUCACCGGCCUUGCAACUCACGGCUCCUCCGCCGUCUCACAUGGCAGCGACGGGGCCAUAGUGAAAUUUGCGCUGCAAAAGCGUGGAGAGCGGGACGCAUCACGGGUGCACAGCGGCGGUGUCAAUGCGGCCCUGGUGACAGCUGACGGCGCUAUGGCUGUGACCCUGUCCAAGGACUGCACCGCCCGCGUGUGGGACCUGCGCUCAGGCAGCUGCAUGCAUGUGCUCGUGGGGCACACGGAUGGAUUAGAGACUGCAUCUUUGAGCGCUGAUGGGCGCACACUGCUGACAGCCGCCUAUGACAGGAGCGCGCGAGUGUGGGACCUGAGGUCUGGGAAGUGCACAGCCAUACUUGCUCCAGGAGCCCAGGGGCACACGGAUGACAUCACGUGCGUCACAUUCUCCCCGGACUCCACACUGCUAGCCACCACCUCGCGUGACUGCAGCCUCAGAGUCUGGCAAGUUGACUCAGGCUCUGUGGACGGCCUUUUCAUGGCAGACACUGGGCUCACCUGCUGCAGCUUUGCCGGCACACCUGCGCCCGACACUCUGGUGGUGGGCAGCGAGAGCGGUGUUGUGCAUUUCCUGGAGCUGCCUAUGUAG